AUGGCUAGGUGGCCGUUGCUGUUGUUUGCCCUCUCUCUCUGUGUACUCUCUGGACUGGUUAGUGCAAGCAUAGUUGGGAGGCCUUUCCAUAUCCAUGGCCGAGUCUACUGUGACACUUGCCGCUGUGGCUUUGAGACCAAAAAAACAACUUACAUUCCUGGUGCGAGGGUCAGGAUCGAGUGCCAAGAUAGGGAAACUUUGCAGCUUAAAUACAGUGUGGAGGGAGUAACAGACUCGACUGGAACAUACAAAAUAAAGGUAGAGGAUGACCAUCAAGAUCAGCUCUGCUAUGCUACUCUUGUUAGCAGUCCAGUGGCUAAUUGUAGGACGGCAGACCGAGGACGCAGUCGCGCUGAAGUUAUACUAACUCGCAACAAUGGUGCGAUUUCUGACCUGCAUUUCGCAAAUUCCUUGGGAUAUUUGAGAGAUGAACCACUUUCUGGCUGCGCUGAAUUGCUCAAACAACUCCUGGAAUCUAAUGAAUAGAAUACACUUCUCGUUAAUUUUGUUUAAUGCCAUUAUUCUAGUUAUUAAUUAGACCCAUUUUAUGCCUUUUUUGGCCCCUUGAAUAGAUGUCAUGUCUUGGUACUUAUUGAUCUGUGAGAGUCUCCUAGCCCAGGAGACUACCAGUAUCUCAAAAUUGUUCUUUAA